AAAAAUAUCAACGGCAAUACGGCAAACGAAGAAUCGCAUCACAAACCAUGUCGGACGCUAAAAAGAAACCCUUCACGCCUCCCGUACCCAAAGCGAUGUCAAACAAGACGAAAAGAGCUUCAACAAGCUCUGCGCCGCCAUCGCGGGUGCUCCCACCGGCAAGAGUACCACAAUCCGUCAUGAAAGACCGUUUAGCAGCGUCCCGGGCUAAAGUGAAACAAAACACUACAGUCCUAGCCGACGGAGACACCACCCUGGCUGGGCUAGACCCUUCGCUGCCAGAAUUUGAGGAGUUCAACCGCUCUGCAGCUUACGGAAAGUUUCUGGGUGCUUUGCUGCAGGAUUGCCUUCUGGAGGAAAAGAUCGCUCGGGAGGAGACAGAUAUGGAUGUUCAGAUGACUCACCUGGCCAAUCGCAUGCAGGCCACUGUGGAACUGCUGGAUAAGACCAGUAAGAGGGUCAAGGAGGUCACAUUUGCUGUGGAACAAAAGAGAUUAUUAGACCUGAAACAGCAAGAUUGCGUCAAAUUCCAAGAACUCUCCGAGCAAUCCAACACAGACGCCAUGCUACAACACCUCAAGAAUCUAGAACAAUCAUCAUUGGACCAACUACAGACUGUCAACGUCGACUUUGGCUUCAACAAGUUAACGGGACACCAGCAACUUACAGACGCAGUGACAGACGCAAUACACGGAUUGGACGAGAUAAAGAAACAUUCUGAUCUAGACUUAAAUAAGUUUAAAGAGUAUGAAAGCUGCAAAACGACGUUGGAAGAUUUGGACAAGGAAAGAAUGGACUUUGAAAGCUUAAAAAGGAAUUUUGAGAAGAAAUUUCCGAAUUACAGCGAGAGGCUGUUGAAGCAAAUAUCGGAUACUGUUGCUAAGAUUGCAGACAGUGAUUUGGACGAUGAAGAGGACUGAUUGAGUUGUUUCUUUUGUAUAAUAUGCGUAUUAAAUGUUCCUACAGGGUUGUAUUAAUGUAGAUAUUCUAUUCUAUUCUUGUUUUGUAUGGCACUUGUACUGUGCGUGACUAGGACAGUAAAUUCCGCCAAUAUCAUGUGUUGAAAUAGGAAACAGUAGAGCAAGUUGAAAUGUACGGUGGUAUUUAUGACUACAUUCUAAAUAAUCGCGUACCUUGGCUUGAUGAAGUUAUUAACUAUUAAUGGAGAUAGAUAAAAGAGAA